UUUCAAGCAACGUGGAUGGAAAUGUCGUUGUCUCAUGCCUAAUUGUAUUGCAUCUCUGAAGACGCUGAUCUUGUCGCAUCAUUGAAACCCCAUGUAGAAGUCACUCCCGCUGGUCUAAAGCGUCUCUUUCCACGUAAGCCCUCUUGACCGCCAACCUUACACGUCAUCAUCCAAAUGCAGCUACGAUGGUACGUUUGGCCUAUGCCAAUCAAGCUCGCAUUGUGCUCAAUUUGCAUGGCUCUCAUGCUGUAUCAGCUUGCUGGAGCUCCCACGAGGUCAAAGGAGAAGACAAUCGCUUCAUCUAAACCAAGGACAUCGAGCAAGAAACAAUCUUCGACUAAUGACGUUCCGCCUACAUCGACAGAGCAAGGUGAAUCUCUUAUUGGCUCCAAGGACAAGAUUCAUGCGAAGAAUCUUCAGCGCGGAUGCUACAAUAUGACACUGACUGUCGAAUCGAUUUAUUCUCCACGCCGGGAUUCUUCCAGCUGCAGGAGUGCAUCAGCCUCAGACAAAGGCAGGGAGCAGUGCAAAAGAGAGUGUGACACUUAUGCACUAACAUACAAGCAAGAUUAUCUAGCUUGGGUGUCAAUAAAAAGGCUUGUCAGGUCAUAUACUUGCCUACAAAGCAAAAGGGCUGGACUUGAUCUAUCUAAUGUUUCUACAGCAGUGAUCGGGUCGAAUCCUUGUGAUGUUCAGUGCAAAUUGACAACACGAUCAGGGUCAGAAUGCCCACGUCGGGUGCAGGUCGUAGCGAAUACACUGUUGUUUCCGCUAAAGCCGACUCAAAACCCAAAUGAGGGAGGAAGAACACUUGCCAUCCGCUUCUUAUGCUGAAAGCUUUGUCAUUGCCAAAAUUUCAACCAACGAGUUCACCUAGUUGGCUGACCACGCACAAAGUCACCGCAGAGCGCAUACCUUGCGACCUUAUACACUGGGAUCAGGACUGCUAUUGUAGGGCAUCGCGGCUCACGGCAAAGCACGGCUUCAUGCAUUCAAUUUGCGAAUAUGAACCUGAAUC